GCUGCGCGUCGCUCGCUGCGGGAGCUCGUCUAGUUUUCGGCAGGUGGAUGAAGGAAUAAUAAUAAAAAAUAACAUUUAAACGUGGACUGUCACUUUUUCCCGUUUUGUGCGCCACCGGUUUGACCACACUGAAUAUCUCUGCAGGGUUUUUCUCUCUCUUUUUCUACUUUGAUCCUGCCACCGAGAGGCGGAUUUCCAUGGAGGAGGCGUAAAGACAGAAACCGAGCGGGACUGCAGCUCACGCACAGACACGCACCAGCAGCAGGAGGAGGAGAGGUGUUCAGCGGCGAAAAUGAAGCGGCUCUUCUUGCAAACAUGGAUUUUGCUUGCUGCGGAUUUUCAACUCAUCCUCGGCGCCGGUUUGAAAGACACACCGACUCUUGGAUCGAAGGACACUCCCAGACUUCUGAUCAGAGAUAUUAUCACGGGCACGUUUGAAUAUGAGACUGUCCAGAACCACAGUGUGUUCCUGUAUCAGGAGUACUCCAAGGAGCUUUAUGUUGGAGGGGCCAAUUUUGUUUUGAAGCUUGAUGUGAAUAAUUAUCACAUCAUAGAGAAGUUUCCUCUGACGACGACAGAGCAACAGCAGUGUGAAGAGGAAUCCUGUGAAAACGUCAUCACUGUCAUUGAGAAGUUUCAAGACAGUUUAUUCGUUUGUGGGACGAAUGGACACAGACCACAGUGCUGGAAGCUCUUUCCUUCAGUGCAGAAUCAGACUUUUGAAGUAAUGGAGAGUUAUGAGGGGACAGGCAUCUCUCCAUUUGUCCACACUCAGAACUACCUAUCGCUCUCAGUAGAGGGCGAUCUGUACGCCGCGGCACCUUUGGAUGCAGAUGGGAGUUCAUUACAGUUCAGAAGAAAAGCAGGCAGCCGAACGAAUGUGUGGAUGUACGACAGCUGGGUGUCAGAGCCCACAUUUAUCUCAGCAUCCUGGGUAAAACAACAGUAUGAUCCUGACGAUGAGAAAAUCUAUGUCUUUUUCCGUGAGAAGAACUCAGACCCAAGCCCGGAGGCCGACCCCUGGUUAUCUCGCGUUGGCAGAGUUUGUAAGGUCGAUGAAGGUGGAUCGAAAAGAUUCUUCCAAAACAUGUGGACAUCAUUUCUCAAGGCUCGGCUCGUCUGUGGCUUUCGCAAGGAGUCGCUGUACUUCAACCGUCUUCAGGACAUCUAUGUUAUGGACGCCGAGGACUGGCACGACACCAAAGUGUAUGCGCUAUUCUCCAGCAGCUGGAACUCCACAGCUGUUUGCGUCUACUCAAUAGGAAUGAUUGAAGACGUAUUUGAGAAUUCAACUUUCAAGGGCUACGACAAAGAAAUUCCACAUCCGAGGCCGGGAACAUGUGUGAGCAACAGCAGGAGUCUGCCCCAGGCCACCAUUAACAUCAUCAAGGAUUACCCUGAAAUGACGGACUGGGUUCACGCGGCCCCAUUCUAUGUGAGCAGCAACAACUACACCAAGAUAGUUGUGGACCGAGUCCAGGCAGCUGACCAGAACAUGUAUAACGUGCUGUUUCUGGCCACAGAUUCUGGAAAAAUCCACAAAGUCUUAGAGGCUGGAUCAGAACCUUUCAUCAUCUCUGAAACACGGCUCUCCAACACAUCCUCCAUACAAGUGAUGAAGCUUGACUCUGAAAAGAAAAAGUUGGUUGUAGGUAUUUCAGAGAAAAUCUCCACCGUGGACCUCCAGAGGUGUCAGGAGUACAACAGCUCCUGUGCGGACUGCGUUCUGGCCCGGGACCCGUACUGUGCCUGGACCCCAUCGGGAUGCGUCCCGACCGUCAACGGAUCCAUUCAAAAUAUCAUGAAUGGGGGAAUUAGCGUGUGUCCAGGAGAAGAAACGAAGGCCGUGAACCGAAGCAAGCGGGAAACCACUUGGCCGAAUUCUCGGACGAUGCAUUCUGUCCCCCAGAACGUCCCUUUCUAUCUGUCCUGCCCCAUCGGCUCCUACCACGCCGAGUACACCUGGGAGCACCGGGGCCGCAGCUUCCCCUGCCUCCAGAUGCUGUCCAGCUGUUUGCACCUCAUUCCUUCCAUGGCGCAGGAGAACUAUGGCGACUAUGAGUGUGUUUCUAUAGAGAGAAACUACAGAAAAGUGGUCAAGAAAUAUCGGCUGAUUGAGCAAGAACUGCCAGAUGAAAGCAGAUACUUCAAGACGAACAACGUUCCUUAUCAGAGAAAUGGUGCAACAACUGUCGUUCCCCAGAUCGCCUGGUUCACACUCCUGGCUGAGGCCGUCCUGGGGAUUAUCAAAUAAGAGCGCGAACAAAUCACUUUGAAAUUCACAUGACUUUCUGUUUGAAUGGACUCUCUGUUAAGAUCCUCCUGCUUCAUGCAUUUUUAGCACAAAUAACUCUCCGGUCUUUUCUCUUUGCCUUUGCUGAUCAGGCCAGGCAUGACUGAAGGAAAUCCACCUCAACACCAGCUGAACAAUCCCAACAGGAAGACCCCUGCUGCGGCUGUGCUCUGGGUAACACAGCUGCGUUUGGCAGAAUAGUUCAGAAAGCCUCCACGAGCCGGGCUUGUUUGUUUUAAAGCCAGAA